AUGCAAUUUCUCUCAACAAUUCUCCUUCUUCUCAACGCCCUUCUUCUCGUUAGUUCGCAAUGGGGUGGCUAUUAUGGUGGGUAUGGCGGAUAUUAUGGUGGAUACGGCGGAUAUGGUGGAUAUGGUUUGCAGCAGGCGUAUAAUGUGCAGAAUGCGGCGACGAUUGGAGCCGAAGUUGGCACGGCGGUUUUGAAUGCGGAGAUGGCAUCGCAAGGGUUUGGGAAGAAGUGA